AUGGCCGAAGGCAGGAGCCCCGAGGCCCAGCUGUGCUCCGAGCAGUUCGGUUCCGGGGCGGCCCGGGGCUGCCUCGCCGCCGCCGAUGGGAGCCUGCAGUGGGAGAUUUCGGGGUGGCGCUGGUGGGGGUUCUCUGGGCCCUUCACAGUAAAACCCCAAGGACGGGAUGGCGGCGCAGGGGGGGCUCCCGGGACUGCUUCACCACCUCUCUCCGGUCUCAUGGCCGUGUUCCUGCCGCAGGGCUUCCCCGAUAGCGUCAGCCCGGACUACCUGCCCUACCAGCUGUGGGAUUCCGUGCAGGCCUUUGCUUCCAGCCUCUCAGGCUCCCUGGCCACCCAUGCAGUCUUGCUGGGCAUAGGGGUGGGGAACGCAAAAGCUUCUGUUUCAGCUGCCACUGCCACCUGGUUGGUGAAAGAUUCAACUGGCAUGCUGGGCCGCAUCAUCUUUGCCUGGUGGAAGGGGAGUAAACUGGACUGCAAUGCCAAGCAGUGGAGGCUUUUUGCUGAUAUCCUCAACGAUGUAGCCAUGUUCCUCGAGAUUAUGGCUCCCAUAUAUCCAGUCUUUUUCACCAUGACCGUCUGUACCAGCAACCUGGCCAAGUGCAUUGUGAGCGUGGCUGGUGGGGCCACUCGGGCUGCCCUGACCAUGCACCAGGCCAGGAGAAACAACAUGGCUGAUGUGUCAGCCAAGGACAGCAGCCAGGAGACAUUGGUAAACCUGGCAGGGCUCCUGGUCAGCCUCUUGAUGCUUCCCCUGGUGUCAGCUUGCCCUAGCUUUAGCCUCAGUUGUUUCUUCUUCCUCACCGCCCUUCACAUCUACGCCAACUACCGGGCAGUCCGAGCCCUUGUCCUAGAGACCUUGAAUGAAGGCCGGCUCCGGCUGGUCCUGAAGCACUUCCUUCAGAGGGGAGAGGUACUUGGCCCCACCUCAGCUAAUCAGAUGGAGCCACUGUGGACAGGUUUUUGGCCGUCUCUGUCUCUAUCCCUGGGGGUCCCCCUACACCGCUUGAUCUCCAGCGUCUUUGAGCUGCAACAGCUGGUUGAGGGACACCAAGAACCCUACCUCCUUCGCUGGGACCAGUCACAAAACCAGGUGCAAGUUGUUUUGAGCCAGAUGGCAGGCCCUGAAACCAUCCUAAGGGCUGCCAUACAUGGACUGGUGCUUGAAGCCCUGCAGGGAGAUGGGCCCCUGCCAAGAGAACUGGAGGAACUGAGGAACCGAGUACGGGCAGGUCCUGAGAAAGAGAGCUGGGUCAUCGUCAGGGAGACACACCGAGUGUUGGACAGGCUAUUCCCAAAGUUCUUGAAAGGACUGCAGGAUGCAGGCUGGAAGACUGAGAAGCACCAGCUAGAGGUGGAUGAGUGGAGGGCCACAUGGCUUCUCUCUCCGGAAAAGAAGAUCUUGUGAGCAGCCCAGAUAGAGGCCCAGGUCCCAGGAUAGGAGCCUGGAGCAAGCACACUUUGGCCACAGCAGGAUGUGGGAACAGCGGCUUUAUUUUCGCUCAGGGGAACUGCUGUGGCAGUUUGGCCAAGGCCUCAUGGGCUAUAACUGCCAGUCAGAGGGACAGGGCCCCCAGACAGAGAUGACGUGGAGAGAAGGGGAACCAGGGCCUACCCUCUCCCGCUCCUGCCGUUCUCCCUUCUCACCACUGCAGGCUCCUCAUGCCCAUUCAUUGUGAGGCUGAGCCCUGCCCUGGCUGUGGCUCAUGGUGUCCAACAGAGUUGGCCUCAGGCAUAAAAGCCCCAGAGGAACGUGGCCACAGCCAUCAUUAGCAAGGCAUUGAAGUUGACCACACGGGCCCAGCUCGAGUCCUCGCUGAUGUCCUCCAG